AUGCCUUCGGGCGCGACGACACGGGCGAUACCUUCGGGCGGUGUUUCGACAGCUUCAGUGCCGCACCCACUAGGAUCCUGCUCAUCGGCGACGCUUCGCACGACACCUCUUACGCAGCACAUGAUCGAGCACCACGGGUUAAACAUCGUGGCGGUCGAGGCGGUCGAGGCGGACUGGCCCGAUGCCGAGGCGGUCGAGGCGGACUGGCCCGAUGCCGAGGCCGUCGACCGAUACGUGCGCCUACGGCACGGCCCGGGACCUCGAAUGAGCGUCGAGCCAGGCACAAGUAAAAGCAAAAGCAGCCGGCCGCGAGCCCGCCUUUCUGCGCUUCCCGACGUGGAUGUGGCGCAACGCCGAGGUGCAGCACUUCCCCGAGUGGCUGCGGGCUUGGAACACGGGGCGCGAACACGGGGCGCGAACACGGGGCGCGACCCCAAGACUUGCUGGCGAAGAGACUCGAGUAUGCAGCAGCGAACUAGGGCGGUGAUAAGUUCCACAGCGCCGAGCAAUUCGCGACUCGUCAGAGAUGCCGAGCACUACUACAGGGCAAUGCACUAUGCGCGCGACGAGUCGUGGAACCUCCGCGGCACGAACAUGUUCGACACGCUCGCGUGCGUCCUCAAAUACCGAAGCCAGCACUUCGAGUCCAAGGCCAUCGUCUGGGCGCACAAUAGCAGUAACUACGAGCAGCUCGUGCACGCGACUGCCGUCCAGGACUUCGAGCUGGAUCUCAGGGCGGGCCGGUGCAAGGAUGAGUUGAGGCAGACGCUGAUGAACAAGCGGCUCGAGAGGCUCAUCGACGUUAUCUAUUCCCCGCAGACUGAGCGGCAGUCGCACUACUCGUAUGCGGUUCUGCCGGAGCAGUUUGAUGGCCUCGUGUGGUGGGACGAGGCUAGCCAUGUCGGCGCGCUCGGGGUUCACCAGCCGCAUGCGGCGCUCGAGUUUGACGAGACUUGGCCGUUUGGGAUGCAAUCAAGGUAA